AUGAGUAAUGGGUCCCCAGAGAUGUUGGCCUCGCAGCUGCUGACGGAGCAUUUGGGGUUUCAGCCCAUCUCUGUGAUUGAUGAUAUAAUCAACGUGAUCAACGAGAUCAUGUACCGAUGUACGGAACAGCUUGAGUUGGCGUUGAUUCAGAAGAAGUUUGACAAAGAGGAAGAGCUGAGGAAACAGCAGGAACAGCGAUUACAGAUCCGUGACGAUGACGAUGACGUGAUAGUCAGUGAGGAGGAGCUUUCGCAGGCCAAGUUGGGAGUCGAGUACACCGUCGAUGGUGUGCAGAAGGGUACUGCCACGCUCGAAUCGUUGUUGGAACACGUUAUUAACAAGAACUUUGACAAGUUUGAGGUGUAUGCAAUGAGAAACAUACUGAACAUCCCCGAGGAUCUGGUAAGUGGUGGAUAUAUCCGAUUGAAGCACCACGAGGGCAUGGAGAUACGCAAGAACGUGAUGAAGGAUGCCAAGAAGCUCGGGACCGAGUACGAGCGGCUGUUGCGCGAAGUUGAGGCAGAGAUUCGCAUCAACAAGGCUCUGAACGAGAUUCUGAGCAAGUUCUCACAAUUGUUGGAGUACUCAAGACGACUCAAGUCAGAGAUUUCAUUUAUCGAUCUCAAAUCAGAGCAGUACGUGGUAGGCGAUCUGGCUCUUCUUCUGGAGAAGCUCGUUCCUCUAAAAGAGACGUACAAGUUUCUGAUCAACGAGGUGAGCUAUGUGUACGACAAAGUGCAGGCGAUGAGGAGCGUUUUGGACGACUCCUUGUUGAGCUCAAUUGACCACAGCGAGGAAGAUAAGUACCUGAACGGCCGCAUCUCGAGAAUCAUGCGCGAUCUCGGGUUUGAAGACGCUGAUGGCACGAGUGAUACUCCCCAGGUCCGAGUUGAACUUGUUCAAAAGCUUAACAGUGCGUUGGAUAAACCAAUUUAA